UAGUAUAAAGGGAUAAUAAAGAGUAAGUUUUUGCUUAUAUUACAACGUAUUUUUAUUUUUAAACAUGAGUAAAAGCUCGAAAGGGAUGCUGGUGGACCAUUUUCCUUUAAUAUGAGCUGGUUUUGAUUGUUAGUUCUGUUCAGCAUAGAAUACGUGAUUGAAAUAUCAUCAUAACGGUCUUCCUGUGUUGUAAUUGACGGGCGAGUUGGAAACUGGACACUAAAUAAGUCGUGCAUGAGAAAGCAAAGCAUCAUUUCAAGUCAUUUCGUACGGAAGUAUCAACAUCCUGUAAAAUCUACACAGAUUUAGAUUGUAAUUGUUAACAGUGGAUGAAAAAUGAUCGAAUUUAACAGAAUGACAACUUUUUUCUUCUUCAUUAUACUUGUCGAGAUUGUUGAUACAACCAAUUAUUGCCCUCUAAAUAAUUACUAUAUCAAAGACAAUCCUGCAAGUCCUUGCCUUCCGUGUCAAGAUUGUCCUCAUGGCCUAGGCCUUGUACCUCCAUGUGGUAGUGAAUUGAAGAAAGCAGAUGUUCUUCAGAUUGACUGCAAGCCAUGCAUCUCGGGUCAGUCUUAUUCCAAUAAGCACAGUCCAGAGUCGUGCAAGUCUUGUAAAAUAUGUAGUCGACACGAAAUCGUUAAUAGUGAAUGCACCACUGAGGCAGACACAAACUGCUCAUUCACAUGUGAGAAAAGUUACUAUUUUGAUAAGAAAACGCACAACUGCCAACCAUGUUCACGCUGUUGUAAUGAUACUAAAGACUUGGUGGAGUCUGAAUGCAUAGCUCAUGGGAUGCCAGAGACUCAUCGCUGCUCUGUACAUCGAGCUUUGGAUUGCACUCCAAAAACUACCCCAGGGAAAUCGAGACCACCAUCACCAUCACCAUCAACGACAGCGACAACGACAACAACAGUAACAGCAACAGCAACAGCAACAACAACAUCGAUAGCAACAACAAGCAUUGUUGGAGGUUCACUCGGUGCGGUGGCAUUUAUUCUUAUCACAGUGAUCGCCGCAUAUUGUAUCAAAAAGCGGUUUCGCCGUCAACCAAGAAAUACACCAUGCCAACGCGAAAUGCAAACCCAUUUUGAAAACCGAAUUGUGGACAGCCCCUCAUUUGUAUGCAGUACGUGCACUUUUCUUCAUAACGAAUUAAGUUUACACUUAAUGCUGAAUACUCCGCAGAAAGAUUAUCGUGAAGGAGAAAAAUGCGUUAUUUCCUGUCAAAUGCAGUGGAAUAAAGCAAAUCAAAAUGAAAUUUCGGAGGAAAAUAUUCUCGUUUUUACUUGGUACAAAGAUGGCGCCAAGCUAGACGGCCACGAUCAUCUCAUGGAAUUAACACUCGAGACAUUGAAAGUCAGUGACUUUGGGACUUAUGAACUCACUGCAGAAUGUAGUAAGCAUCUGGAUGGACUAACAAACAGUACCAAGACUAAAUCGGAGUCGUUGUUUCUGGAUGUUCUGCCUGGACCUGGAAGAAGAUACAAAAAGCUGAAAGAUUUGCCUCCUCAAACCGUCAAAGAAGAUAUUAUUGCAUAUCACUUAUCGACCAAGACCCCUGGGAUUGGAAAUUGGAAGAGAGUGGCUGAGCUUUAUGGAAUACCUAACGAGGGUAUUAAACGCAUUGACCCAAGAAACAAAGAGGAUGGAGAUUAUGGUUCUGCAAUAAACACUCUUGAAUAUAUCGAAUCAUCCUCCCCUAAAGAGACAGUCUACAAUUUUUGCAAAUGUUUAAAAAAGAUUAAGCAGAAUGCAAUAGUGGAGAAAUUGGAGGAUUACUUGGUAUGUGAAGAUAAAGGACAAUCUGAAUGCUGAAGCUCCCAAUGGCCGACAGUUGAUAAAAUCGAUUCUGAAACAUCGAAGGAUGAACAAGAAGAGUCUGGGUUCAAACAAGGUAAUGCCGUCACUUAGAGAUGGUUUUCUCUGGCCAAAAGAACGGAGCCUACAAGGACGAGGGCUGCAUCCCAGGUCAAGCAACAGAACGAAACACUGAAUUGAACAGUGUCGACCCCUCCCCUCCAAUGAAAAUCCUGGAUACGCCCAUGUGACUGUAAAUCAUCAUCCACUGCAGCGAUUUAAUUAUUUGUUUUCUUUUUUGCGAGUAAUCGGCUCGUUAGUAUAGCUGUUUAUGUAGCGCCCCAAGUGUGUUCGCCAGUUUCAGCCACUUGUAAACCUAAUAAUGUAUUCAGUUUGACUUUCGUUUGUAGCAGUGGCUUUGUCAACGCUUUGGUGAGUUUUAUGUGAUUUCAUUUAGUUUCAGACAGGACGCCAAUGUGUAAUUUCGGUAGCGUAGACUGCGUAGAUGCAUUUAUAUUCACUUGCGCCCCUGUCACUUUAAACCAGAGUCUCCAUCGCAAACUUAAGCCUACAGCGAUUGUGUCAAGUUUCAGGUACAACACUAACAUGCAAAACCGAAUUCGGGC